AUGGACGCGUUUAUUGGUCCGGCGACGAACGUAUCAAACUUUUCGCUGCAUUACCUGCCAAGUCCCUUCCUUCCGUCCCAGCUAAUAUAUUUGGAGUCAGUGCUUGUGCUAUUUUGCGUACUUGGUGCGUCUCUUAACUCAAUAAUCAUUCAUAUCACUGCCGCAGAGACUCACUACCAAGGCCCUGAUCUUGACGGGCGGAAAAGAGCUCUCAUCAUGUACUUUGUGUAUAACCUUGCUGUGUCUGACUUAUGUGGUUGUCUUAUCUCUGCGCCAUCUCUCAUUCUUCAACUCAACCUACAACAGGCGGGUAAUCAGUGGCAGUGUAUUCUGCACCGAGGAAUAGGCUUUAUUUUUCCUCUUUGUACAAACUUCUUGAUAGUAACUAUCUGUGUCGAGCGCUAUCUUUCUGUGACAUACCCAUUCAAGUACCUUUCAACUUCUAAGGCAAAGGCGAUCAUCAAGCUGAGCUGGGUCUUAGGAGUGGCUUGGAGUAUCCUGGCCUCGAGUGCGUACCGUGGAACUGUUAUCGAGCUUGACCAUACCCACUACUCCUUUGACUGCCACUUCAGUAACCAAUCAUCGGCCAAGGCUAUAUUCAUCAUCUUCAUCACAUUCUCAUUCAUCCUCCCAGCUAUAGUCAUAGGCUUGACUACAAUACGGACGAUACGCACGAUACGGCGACUCGCCACCACGCGUGACGGCGGGACUACCCAGGCGUAUGACCGAAGUACGUGGAUGCUGAUGGUGGUAGUGAUAGUCUUUGCGGCCAGUUACAUACCCUAUGUCGGGAACGCGAUAUCACGAGCAAUAUUAGGCGAUAACUACAUUUCCAAAUCAACGGAGGCACUUCUACGAUUUGUUGCUGCCACCUCGGGCUACAGCAAUGCGGUUAUCAACCCUAUCGUGUACCUCACCAUAAUGAGAAGCUUGCGGCUCAAGUUUUUCAGACUGCUAGGGUGCAAAGACACGUUUUGUAACAGGGCAGUGGAUCCUUGUGACGCAACGAUGGAGGAUAUGCCCGAGUUUGGACCCGAGGAAGAGGAGUCGGUACCGCAAGCAGGGAUCAGAAAGGACAUCUCGCCAUCUUUGCUCGAGUUAGACCCGGAAAGCUUGCAACACAUGGCGGUUGACAUAACGGUCUUGUGA